GCGGAAGUAAGGCGCUUGCUUUUCCCACAUGGUGAAAAUGGCUGCAAAUGAGGAAAAACAACAGGCCCACAGACCCGGCAUUUAUAAACAGAAAAAUAAGGGCCAUAAGCAUGGGAAACACCGGACGAAAGGUGAAAUUGAGAGAGAAAACAAAGGGAGAGUGUCUGUCACAGCUCUCACUAAAAAACAGAGAAAGGAGCAGAAGAAGAUGGACAGAAGGCACAAAGCUAACCAGCUCCGUAGGAAUAAGAAAGACAUGGUCCUGACUGAAAAGCGACGUUUAGGCACUAGAGACGGUCCUCCUCAUUUGGUUGCUGUGUUGUCUCUUCAUGCUGCAGUCGAUGCCGCUGCUGUCACUAAACUGCUGCGAGGGGAGGGUGCUGGGGGUGUUGUGCACCAGGAACGCUGCAUCAGUGGUAUCAGUGACAGUUUUGGGCUGAUUUUACCGCGGUUUAAACAAAGAUUCAUCUUUUUAAGUCAAAGCACUGCUGACAUGCACUCCCUGCUGGAUGUUGCAAAGAUUGCAGAUAGCCUUGUGUUUGUGCUGGACUCCACUGAAGGUUGGGACAGCUAUGGAGACCACUGUCUGUCCUGCCUCUUUGCUCAGGGCCUCCCUAGCCAUGCUCUGGUCUGUCAGGGGGUGUCCGACCUCCCUGUGAAGAAGAGGGUCGAGUCCAGGAGAGCUCUGUCAAAGAUCACAGAGAUCCGGUUUCCUGAUACCCGUCUCUUCCCUCUGGACUCUGAACAGGAUGCAACUCUGCUUCUCAGACACCUGGGCACGCAGAGACAGAGAAAGCUGGGCUUCCGCUCCAGACGUUCACAUCUACUGGCUCAGCAUGUCACUUUUACACCCAACAGCCCUGCUGAGGGGACAGGUGGUGGACCCACCGGCCUGGGCACCCUGUGUGUCUCUGGAUACGUCCGUGGUCAUCCUCUGAGGGCUGACAGACUGGUUCACAUCAGCGGGCACGGAGACUACCAGCUCAGUCAGAUCGAUGCUCCAUUAGACCCACUUCCCCUAAAUUUAACAGUUGCUAGACCAGCAAAGCCCAGCAAGGGGGGAGACGUCGACAUGCUGGAUGGAGCUGAAGAAGAGGCUCCAGUUAGAGUGCUCAUGAAAGCCGACCCAUCCUGCAGAGAGAGUCUGCAGACAGAGGCUGAGGUGGACCCCAUGGAUGGAGAGCAGACAUGGCCAACAGAAACAGAGCUGCUAGAAGCAGAAGAGGCGAGAAAGAACAAACGUGUGAUGAAGGUCCCUAAAGGAACAUCCGACUACCAGGCCAUGUGGAUCGUUGAUGAAGACGAGGAGAAUGGAGAGAUGGAUGAUGAAAGCGAUGAUGACGAUGAUGACAAUGAUGACAUGUUGGAUGAGGCCAUGGAUGGAGACUAUGAGGAGAAUAACUCUCAGGAUGCUGGCUCAGGCUCUGAAGAAGAAGAAGAGGACGAGGAAGAGGAGGAGGAGGUCUGCUCCACAAAACGAGCUGGAGCAGAUCAGCGCUAUGAUGAGAAUAUGGAUGAAGCUGCAGAACAAGAAGGCCUUAAACGCUACCGUGAGGCUCGGGCCAAUGAGAUGUUUCCUGAUGAAGUGGACACUCCCCUCGAUAUGGCAGCGAGAAUCAGAUUUCAGCGCUACAGAGGUCUGAAAAGUUUCCGCUCUUCGCCUUGGGACCCCAUGGAGAACUUGCCUCUCAACUACUCUCGUAUCUUCCAGUUUCAAAGCUUUGAACGUACCCGUCGCCGCAUUCUAGCAGAGACUGCAGCUGAAGAAGAGGGAGCCAUGGUGGGCUGGUACGUGACGCUGCACAUCGUUGAUGUGCCUUUCUCUGUGAUGGAGAGCGUCCAGUCAGGCCGUCCUUUGAUGCUGAUGUCCCUGUUGCCCCAUGAGCAGAAGAUGUCAGUGAUGCAUCUCUUAGUGAGGAGACACCCCAGCAAUACAGAGCCCAUCAAAUCUAAAGAGGAGCUGGUGUUCCACUGCGGGUUUCGGAGGUUCAGGGCAUCUCCCAUCUUUUCUCAGCACACUUCAGCUGACAAGCAUAAGAUGGAGCGCUUCCUCAGGCCAGAUGCCCCCACAGUGGUGUCUGUGUACGCUCCCAUCACCUUCCCCCCUGCAGGAGUGCUGCUCUUCAAACAAAGGAGUGAUGGCAUACAGGACUUGGUGGCUACAGGCAGUCUGCUCAGCUGUGACCCUCAGCGUAUCGUUCUGAAGAGGAUAGUCCUGAGCGGACACCCGUUCAAAAUUAACAGACGCUCUGCAGUUGUUCGUUACAUGUUCUUCAACAGGGAUGAUAUCAUGUGGUUCAAGCCAGUGGAGCUGAGAACUAAGUGGGGUCGAAGAGGCCACAUCAAAGAGGCUUUAGGAACACAUGGUCACAUGAAGUGCGUGUUUGAUAACCAGCUGCGAUCACAAGAUACUGUCCUGAUGAAUCUGUACAAGAGAGUGUAUCCUCGCUGGACGUAUGACCCUUAUGUGCCUUUGCCAUUACCCUGGGUGAAGAGCGAGGCCACCGUGGAGAUGGAUGACUUGGACAUGGACUAAUAGCUGGACAACAGGACAGUGCAAGGAACAUGGGCUACACCAACAUCUUUUGAAUCAGUAUUCUGUGUUCUACUUGUUAAUUAAAGCUAUUUAGA